GGAGACUACCAGACGAGACGCAGUCGAGCUACUGCAGUCAAGCCGAUACGAUGUUGUUGUCUGAUGUGUUCUACGUGGUGAUACUUUUGUUCUGUGUAUUUGUCGGGAAGAUUUAUCAACAAAUUGAAAAUGUAUACGAGAAGCAAUGGUCAUGCACGAUCCUCGGAUUCUUUCUGGCCACGAUAGUUUCUGGAAGUCAUGUAAUUCAUCCUGUAAUCAGUACCGUGAUUAACGCGAUUAUUAUAACCAAGCUCUCUCCAAAAAUAUGUCACCUGGCAAGCUUCUUUUUUUCAUUCUUCUACCUACUGUUCAUAUUCCGUUUAGGGGAAUAUAUUGGUCUACCAGAAUCUCCAUCCCACACGAAUCUUGUGCUCAUGAUAUUAACACUAAAAUUAUCUGGACUAGCCUUUGAGCUAAAUGCAGCUUCAACUCAGGCAUCUGAUGACCCGGAAGGAGUAAAUUCUGAGGCAUUGAAAAAUGUAGGAUUUAUGGAUGUGUUUCAUUAUGGUUUCAGCUACAUGGGGGUCUUGACUGGUCCUUACUACCGUUAUAGAACAUACUGGGAUCAUUUGCACAGGCCAUUCUCUAAAUAUGUGGACCCUGAGCCUCUCACAUACUCCAAGCUCAAGCAAACAGCAAUCUUUAUUGUGUUUUAUCUUCUGAUGAAUGCAUAUUACCCCACCAGAUAUGUCACUACAGACGAAUUCGCGGAAAGAGCUUUUCUUUAUAGAUACUUCUACAUGUAUCCUACGUUUUUCAGUUUCAAAUUAAGAAUGUAUAUUGGCAUGGCCUUGGCCGAAUGUGCUUGCCAAAUGGCUGGGCUUGGAGCAUAUCCUGUGAGGACCAACCCUGUCAUAGGCCUCGGACCUCGAGAUUACAAGGCUAUUCAGGCUAUGUCGUAUGAUUCUGAAAAAUUGAAAGUUGAAGAGUACAAUUUUGAUACUGUAUAUAACAUGAAUGUGAAGAAGUUGGAAAGUUGUCACUCGACGAGAACCGCUAUGAAGUCGUGGAACGCAUGUAUCCAAUAUUGGAUGGGCGUUUAUGUAUAUAAAAGGUUUCCGUACAAAAGUUUACGAACACUGGCCACAUUUACGCUCUCGGCUGCCUGGCAUGGCUGGCAAGCCGGUUACUACUUCUGCAUUUGUCAAAUUCCUUUGUUCUUGAUGAGCGAGGACAUAGGGAUGAAAUUCUACAAUCAGAGUAAAGAGAACAGUUUGGCGAGGAGGGUGUGGCAACUAAUCUUGUGGUAUGAAAAAACAACCUGCAUGGCAUAUUUAGGAGUACCGUUUUUGUUGCUAGGAAUGGAAGAGUCAAUACAUUAUUACAAAAGUGUAUACUUUGCGGGUCAUAUUGUAGCAAUAAUAUUGUACGUACUCGUCCGCUGCUUGAAACCCUAUAUUUUACAAAAACCCAUAGAGAGUAAGGACAAGGUCAACUAGUCCGCUACGCUAGAACAAAGUAUUUAAAAGAUCUGCAUGUACGUAUCUUUCCAAGUAAUUCUGUCACAGUCUUCUCUCUAAGAUAGCUUAUAGCAAUAGAGUUUUUUUAAGUACCAAAUUUUUACAAAUUGUAGUAGCAUAUUAUCGACGCUAAGUCAAUAAUAUAUGAAUAUGUUAAUUAAGAUGUGUAUGUAUAACAUACUUCAUCAUUAUGAUUGAACUAGUCAGUCAGUCAGUACGAUAAAUGAGAACAAUUUUAUUCUGACUUAAUACUUCCAUAGAUGUUAUUUAUGAGAAAAAAAAAGGAGAAAAAAUGAAAAAGAGAGUGUUCACGAAUAUAUUAAAAGGGUUUCUAUUCUUCCAUUUGUAAAGAUGAACAAGUCAGAAGUAAUAAAAAAUUCCAUUUGUUUAA